AUGAUCGAGAAAAUUGCACAACGAUAUGCAGUAGAUUUGGCGCCAAACCACACCGUCAAGAGUGGGGAUUUUGUCACCAUCCGUCCAGAACAUAUUUUGACCCACGACAACACCGGCGCUGUCAUCUCCAAAUUCAAGAGCAUUGGGGCAGCGCAAUUUAGGAAUCCUAAGCAGCCCGUCUUUGCAUUGGAUCAUGAUGUCCAAAAUAAAAGCGAAAAGAAUCUUGCAAAGUAUGCAACAAUUGAGGCGUUCGCAGGUGAAAAUAGGGUCGACUUUUAUCCAGCGGGACGUGGUAUUGGCCACCAAGUCAUGGUGGAAGAAGGAUAUGCCUUUCCUGGAACACUUACGGUCGCUUCAGACUCACACUCCAACAUGUACGGUGGCAUUGGAGCAUUAGGGACACCCAUCGUCCGCACAGAUGCAGCGGCAAUUUGGGCCACUGGCCAGACCUGGUGGCAGGUACCUCCUGUGGUUAAGGUGGAACUUAAGAACAAGUUGGCCCCCGGAGUCACUGGAAAGGAUGUUAUCAUCACACUCUGUUCUGUCUUCAAUAAGGACGAGGUCCUUAACACUGCCAUCGAGUUUACAGGCGAAGGUGUAAAGUCGUUAGGAAUUGAGGAUCGACUUGCGAUCGCCAAUAUGACCACAGAGUGGGGUGCUCUCGCUGGUGUCUUCCCAAUUGAUGAUGUCACUCGUGCAUAUUACGAGAAGCGCAUCCAUGUUCUGGAGCGUACUCGAUUCACCAACAAGAACAUCAAACCAGUACCAACUGGUCAGCCCUUUGUUCAUCCACGAGUCAAUAAGGAGAGGAUCGAGCAAGUCUUCAAAGACAAGUUUGCGCCAGAUGAAGGAGCUUUCUAUUCCAAGCACCUGACACUGGAUCUAGCCACAGUUUCACCAUACAUUUCUGGACCUAAUUCAGUAAAGGCGGCUCAGCCGGUGCAGGAUUUGAAGGACGUCAAGAUUAAUAAGGCUUACCUUGUCUCUUGUGUAAACUCACGUGCGAGCGAUUUACGUCAGGCUGCAGCAGUUGUGCGUGGCAAGAAGAUUGCGGAUGGUGUCGAGUUUUACAUUGCUGCCGCUAGUAGUGAGGUACAAGCUGAGGUAGAGGAGAGUGGAGACUGGCAGGCGCUCAUGAAUGCUGGCGCUAUUGCCUUACCCGCGGGUUGCGGACCAUGUGUUGGUCUGGGAACAGGGCUCUUACAGGAUGGUGAAAUCGGCAUCUCUGCCACAAACCGUAACUUUAAGGGCCGUAUGGGGUCACCGAAAGCGCUUGCUUAUCUCGCUUCUCCAGCCGUAGUGGCAGCCUCUGCAAUUUCUGGAAAGAUUGUUUCUCCUGCGUCAUUGGAGACCAGUUCGGUUCCUGUUCCCGCUACCAGUUUGACGACGUUGUCAAGCCAAAAGCAGACUUCUGCAGAUGACAUCUCGGAGGAGACAAUUCCCAACUUUCCUCCUCAACUGACUGGCGAACUCUUGUUCUGCCCUGCUGACAAUCUCAAUACAGAUGGAAUUUAUCCAGGCAAAUAUACUUAUCAGGAUGACAUUGGACCUGAGACAAUGCGCAAAGUUGUGAUGGAAAACUAUGACACUAACUUUGCUAGCAUCGUCAAGCCUAGUGACAUUCUUAUCGGUGGAUUCAACUUUGGUACAGGAUCAAGUCGUGAACAAGCUGCAACAGCAUUGUUAUCCGCCGGAAUCAAGCUUCUUAUUGCAGGCUCCUUCUCUGAGACUUUCAAGCGCAAUUCUAUCAAUAACGGACUUUUGCUCAUGGAAAGUCCAGAGUUAGUCCGUGAUCUCGCCAAGGUUCGUGGCACAACCAAGUUAACGGAUCGUACUGGCUGGAAGGCCACUGUAUCGCUAGCGAGUGGCAAGGUUCAAGUUAGCUGCGAGGGUGAAGAGGACCGUAUCUACAGAGUUGGUGGUCUUGGCAAGAGCAUUCAGGAGUUGUGGGUGGCAGGGGGUCUUGAGGGCUGGGUCAAGGAGCGUAUCCGUCAGAACUAG